AUGGAGCCAGGCGGAGGGGGAAGGGGGAGGGGGAGAAAAGGGGCGAGGGGGGGUAGAAGCGGUGGAGGCGCACGAGGGAGGAGAGGCAGUGCGAGGGGGGAGGCGGUGGGCGCGGUGGCGGAGGGGACUGCAGGGGCGUGGUGGGCGAUUGGGGGAGGCGCGGAGGGCGGCUAUGCGGAUGGGGGGGAAGCAGGAAGAAUCGCGGCUAGAGGAACGGGAUGGGGCGUGGGGGAGGGCGCGGAGGUCGGCGCAAGCGUGCGCGGAGCGGCAGUGGCAGCGCGGGAGGGCGGAGGGACGGGCGGAGGAGUGGGAGCGGUGGGUGGAGGAGGGGGAGCAGCGAAUGCAGCGGAGGGAUGGACAGGGGGAGGCGCGGAGGGGCGCGUAUCCCGCCGCAGGGGAGGCAGGGGGAGAGGCGCGGAUGGCGGAGCAGGCGGGAGUACGGUACGCGUAAGCGAGGGCGCGGGGAGGGGGAGGACGAGGGGUGGAACGGGGCAAGCGGACGGCAGUCGCGGGCGGGGGGUGGUGGCGCGCAGAGGGAGGGGCGCAGGUGUGGCGCGCGGACAGGAUUGGACGGGGACGGGCGCGCAUGCGCGUGGGAAUGCGCGGAUGAGAGGGGGGGACGCCGGCAGGGGGUGGGACGCGGACGGGGGAAUGGGGUACCUCGAUGGGCGGGUGAGUGGUGGAGAGGCAUUGGGAGCGGCGGAAGGGCAGCAGGGGCGUGUGGAUUGGGAGGAGUACGGAGGUGUAGCGAGGGGUAGGAGAGUGGAGAUGGCAUGGGGGGGUGAUGGCGAGGAGGAAGGGGAGCGGUGGGAUGGGGGGGGCGAGGAGUCAAACGCAAGGCAGCAGAUGGUGGGUGCAGGGCGCAUGCACCGUGACCAGCUGCUGCCCCACCUGCAGCAGCAGCAGCAGCAGCGGCCGGAGGAGGAGGAGCAAUGGCAGCAGCAGCAGCAGCAGCAGCAGCAGCAACGUCAGUAUGAGCAGCAAGAGCAGGUGGAGGGAAGGGGCUGCGAGGGGCAGUUUCGUGGUGCGGCAGGCGGGUGGGCGGAGGGUGGACGGCAGCACGCAUGGCAGCUUGGCGGCGGUGGGGAGGAGCUUGGGCGCACCGACGUGGGUAGGAGGACUGGGAAGGAGACGGAGGGGAGUGGGGGGGAGAGGGAGGGGAGGAGUGGGGGGGGAGGGGAAGGGGAGGAGUGGGGGGGAGAGGGAGGGGAGGGGGAGGAGGACUAUGAGCUGGGCUAUGCUGCCGGCCUGGCUGCUGCUCGUGAGGCCCUCAGACAAGCGUCUGCCGCCACUGCUGCUGCACGUGCAGGUGUCGGUGCUGGCGGGGUGGCUGUUGGGGGUGCUGCUUCGAUGGGUGGGGCUGAGGGGGCAGCAGGCGGUGCGGCAGGAGGCGGCAUGGAUCUCAUGCUGCCUCACCACCCGCCCGCUGCAGCACCAGGGAGCGCAGCAGCUGCCCUGCACACACCGGAUGCUUCUCAGGUGCCCACCGCAGCAGCACCCACAGCACCAGGUGGGGGCGCAGCAGGGGGGGGCGCAGCAGGGGGGGGCGCAGCAGGGGGGGGCGCAGCAGGUGGGGGCGCAGGUGGGCAGGAAGAGGCAGGCGGCGGCGGCGGCAGUAGGCGGCACGGCGGGGGAGGCGGGGGAGGCGGGGGAGGCAGGGGAGGCGGGGGAGGCGGGGGAGGGAGCAGGAGCGGGCGGCGGCGGCACGUGGACGUGAGUGUGAAGCGCGACAUCUGUGAGCUGCGGCGUGUGCGCCCGGGCAUCACGGUGGGGGGGAUCAUGCGUGUGUGCCGCGCCAAGUACCCGCACAUGCGCCUCAUCCCCUCCCACGUGCGCCGCAUCCUCACCAAGGCGCCCCACUGGAGCUCCACCUUGGCGCAGCGCAGCAGCAAGCGGGUGCGCGCGCCCGAGAGCAUGGCGCUGGAGGAGGCGCUCGUGGCGUGGCUGAGGGACAUGAAGGGCGGCCCGGGCGCCACCAAGGUGCAGCUGCAGCAGAUCUGCGCCAAGGGCCGCGAGCUGGGCCCGUCGUUUGGGGUGUCGCCCUCCUUCAGGCGGGGUACUGUGCGAUGUGUCCUUCGCUUGCUGCUUCCUCUGCUCUAUCUGGCCCUCACCUCUCCCCUUACUGCCGCGUCUCAACACUUUUCAGUGAGCCCACCCUCGCCCUGCCCUUGCAGGUACAGCAUUGGGUGGGCGUGUCGCUUCCAGGAGCGGUGGGGGUUCUCAAAGCGGCAUGUGGAGGAGGAGAGGGAGGCGUACUUCAAUGACGACCCUGCUGCUGCCGCCGCCGCCGCUGCGGGCAGUGCGGAGCCGUCGCUGGUGGAGCUGGCUGAUGAGAUCUUUGGCGCCCAGCUCCUGGUGGCGCGCACGCAUGGUGGUGAGGAGGAGGGGGAGGGGGAGGAGGGGGAAGAGGGGGAUGAGGAGGGCAGUGAGGAGGAUGAUGAGGACGAGGGACGGGAGACGUCACUGACUGCUGGCAGGGAGGUGAUCGACCUAGAGGGCGGUGAGGGGGGGGAGAGGGUCGAGGGGGGUGAGGGGGGUGAGGGGGGCGACAGGCUGCAGCGGCGGCGGAGGGGCGAGGGCGGGUCAGAGGAGCAGUCACAGCAGGGCAGGGAGCAGGCAGGUGGGGGGGCAGGCGAGGAGGGCGAUGGAGGAGAGGCGGCAGCAGAGGCGGGUGGAUGGGCUGGAGGAGUGGACUUGCUGGCAGGCACGGCAAGAGGCGCCGCAAGGGAUCGGGCGAGGAAGAAGGCAGCAGGCAGGGCGGUACGCGCGGUGCAGCCGAGUCGAGAGCUGCUGGCGCUGGCACUGGCAGAGGCUGGCGUGGACGGGGAGCAGGCGGGUGCCGGCAUGCAGGGAGCAGGUGGGUCUGACUUGGAUGAUUUAGCAGAGGGAAUCAGACGGGCAGCGCCGCCAGCAGGGGCAGCGGUGAGGGGUGCAGCAGCAGCAGCUGGUGCAGCGGCAGUGGGAGGGACGUUGGUGGAUGUGGAGGCGGCAGUGGCAGCAGCAGGAGACCUCCGCCUGGACGCCCCCAGCGAUGACUCCAGUGGUGGCCACGCCCACGGUGGUGAUGGUGGUGAUGCUGGUGAUGGUGGUGAUGCUGGUAGGCGGCACGUGGAGAGGCAGCCUGCUGCAGGGAGGGAGAAGCGGGCGCCGGGCGGGAAGGGCAAGCACCGGGCGGCAAUCAGUCUGCGGGUGAAGCGAGUGAUCUGCAUGCUGAGGGCGGCCCGCCCCGACAUGGCGCCCAAAGACAUCCACCGCCUCCUGCACCGUGCCUUCCACGCCGCCGCCCGCCCUCCCCAAGGCACCGCCCCUCCCUCUGCCGCCUCUGCCACCGCCGCUGCUGCUGGCAGGGCAGCGAGCUUGGCAGCGGGGGGAGUGGCGGCGGCGGGCGUGGAGGCGGCGGGAGUGGCGGCGCUGGACGUGGCGGCGGUGAGGCGCAUCCUGAGGAAGAGCCACGUGUACCUCGCCCUGCCCGCCCACAGCGCCUUCCGCAUCCGCCACAGCAGCGGCGCCCACCCCCAGGUGCAGGCGGCCGUGGCGGCGUGGGUGCGUGCCAUGGAGGCACGGUACGGGCGAGAGGCGGUGCGGUGGGAUGACAUUCUGGACUAUGCCCGGCAGGUGGGGCCGCACAUGGGCGUGCCGGAGGGCUUCCGGUACAGCUACCACUGGGCUCGCAAGGCGCUGCUGCGGCAUGGGCUGGGGAGUAACUGGGGCAAGCAGGUGGAGCGGGGCGGUGGGAAGAAGAAGGGGAAGGAGAGAGGAGAUGGGGGAGAGAUGUCGAUUGAUGGUAGCACCACUGAUGAUAACACGACAGAUGGAAACACCACCGACGGGCAGAGCAGUGACGGUGGAGGGACGGACGAGGAGAGGGAGGAGGGGCGCCACUCACUGCACUCUGACCGCCCUGCUGCCGCUGCCGCUCCUGCUGCUGCUGCUGCUGCUGCCGGGCGUGCAGGGCGGGCAGCGGGGGGAGAGGAGCAGCAGGAGGGGCCGCUGGACCGACUGCAGCGCCUGGCGGAGCAGUGGGCUGCUGAGGCACGCACGGCGGGGCAGGCGCAUGGGCGCACAGGAGAGGGGGCGGGCGGCAGGCAGCGGCGGUGGCGCCACACGGUGCGUUGUGUUGGACUCCUUGCUACCCUCACCCACCCCACCUCCUCCCUUCCUCCCUGUUUCAUGCAUCCUGGUUGUGAUUGA